UUCGUGCAAAUAACGUCAAUCGUGAAAACGUCACUAACCUAAUUUUUGAUAUGAAUAUUUUUAUCAAUUAGUUGUGUGUGGUUGUGUCUAAUAUUAUUGUAUCAGGUCAUUUACCCCCGAAAGUCAAUAAUCAGAAGAUGUUUGAUGAUGAGGUUAUCACUGUAUCUUCAGAUGAUGAAUAUGAGAGCCCCCCUCCCAAGAAAAUCAAGCUAUCAGGGAGCGCUGAAGCCAACAACCUUCUUAAAAAAUUAAAUAGUCUUAGGGACAUCACAGCGAAACCAUGCGAAGAUACGAAGCUCAAAAUCAAUUACAAGGAGGAAAACAACAUAACCAUCGUAAUCCACGAAAAAAGCAAAGAGAACGAAACCAAUAUAGUUAACCUCAUCGACGAUGAGCCUCAAAUUGCCGAAAAAAUCGCUGAGACAAGCCCCAAAGUUGAAAAAUCGACCAAUGGCGAAUGCCUGGUUGUGGGCUCCGAAUCGGAGACGGAGGACCCGCUCCAGGUCACCCCAGAACCGAAGACUGAGCCCCAAAAUUUCGAAAUAAUCAUCAGACCCUCAACCUCCAAGGCUUCGGAAGCGCACACCCUUGUGGAGGAGUUCCUCGACGUUUGCACCAAAUCAAUGAAAGGGUCGAAAUACGCCGAUCGGGUCUUCCCCAAGUACCAAAAAAUGCGCAAAAGCUUCAACAAGUGCGAGGAAAUCCACCAGGACCCCAGCUUCCAUAAAACCUUGCAGGACUUCACGGAGAGCGCCAAAGCCUCUGCCCCCGAAGCGGUGGUGAGCUUCCAGAGGCUCUACUCGUAUUUGUUGGACCACAUCAAGGGCGACAGUGUCGAAGUCCCGGAGGAGAAUCUCCACAAAAUCCGCAAGUUGGAGAAGACUUUGAAAAAAUUGUUGAGGGUUAUCAAGAGGUUGGAGGAGGCCGAAGUGGAUUUUAACGAUGAGGAGGAUUCGACCUACAUGAAGCUGGACCGUUAUACCGACAGACUGAGCAAAGUUUAUAAGAAGUACUGCGAGCUUUUGCAACGAAAUCCGUUUGCUGGGCGGCUUUUGCACGAGAAAAUUAAAUUCGUUCACUCGAACUAUAACGAAAUAAAUCGGGCGGUUACAAAGUCGUACAAACGUAAUAAUUUCCCGACGUAUCGCGACAUUGAAAAGUGUAUAAGGAAGUGUGUCAACGAACACAAUUUGGGUUUGUCGGAAAAUGAGAUAAGGGAGGAAAGCAAGAAUUGUUUCACUAAAAUGGGAAAUUUGCUUCAAAUGAAACGAAAGAAAGAACUGUACGAAGUCCACUGCGGCUUUAUUGCGCUCAACGAAGACCCAGCCAACAAAGACCAAGAACUGAAAGCCAAGUUGCAAGAAAGUAGAGUCUUAGGCGAUCGAAGACUGCAAGAAACCAUCGAAAAAUACGUUCGGAUGCAAGAAAAUAACGUCAGUGUCGAACUAAGUGAGGAUAGUGACGAUAGUCAGUAUGAAAGUACUGACAGCGGCGAAUAAAUUACUUUAUACACUGUUUGCUUUAUAAAUUAUUAUUAUUCUGGUA